AUGAAUAGCGACACUCCCGGGACCGGAGGUACGCCAGGCAAAUCACAGAGCUUCGCACGGUCGCCCAUCGUAACCUUCAUCGUCGGUCCUGAGAAAGCUGUAUACACUGCCCACAAAGCGGUCGUCAUCGACAAGUGUCCAUUCGUUGCGAAAUGUCUGGCGGCAGGAAUGGUAGAGUCGACAACAUACACGAUCGAAUUCCCAGAGGAUGAGCCUGCGGCAUUCGAUCAGUUCAUCUCCUGGAUUUACAGAUGCGACGUCGAUGAGAUCGAGAAAGGCGACACUAACAAGCUCAUCAAUGUCCUCAUGGCUUGGGUCCUCGCCGACAAGUUGUGUAUGCCUGCAUGGCAGAAUGAGUCGAUUGACCAAGCGAUGGCUUACUGGACCACUAAUUUCAUGGAGCCAGAGGUUGUCUCUUGGGCCACCGAUCAUCUCAGCAACACGAGCCUCCUUUUCAGUUUGAUCGUGGACCAGUUCGCAUGGGAUGUAAUGGAUGUUCCCGGUAUGUAUACCAACGAGAGCGAUGAUAGUGUGGAGUCAACACAACGACUGGAGAUAGUGAAAGGUUUGUUCAUGAGACCAGACUUUCCGUCCAUUCGACUGUUCAGACAAGCUGUUCAAACGGCGCUCGACUUUGUUAGUCUCGAUCGCCCCAAAGAGCCCGCCAGCGACAACACAUGCAAAUACCAUGUUCACGAGGCAGGGAAGACAUGUGAAUCAGAUACGGAAGAGAAAGGAGCAACGCGGUAA